AUGGCCGCUGAAAUCACUGCUAACCUGCAGUUGUUCUCCCCACCAGGCUCUGGGCGCUCCUCGCCAGCACCAGUGCCACGAGCAACGCGCAACGCUGCAGAAGACGCUUUGUACAAAAAGGACAAGUCCUUCCGGCGGUAUGCGCUCGGUGUCGAACGGACGCUUGCCCUAUGGGACACGGCGCAGCAGGAAUGGGCAGAUUACAUUUCGUUUCUUGGGCGCUUGCUGAAGGCACUGCAAGCGCAUCCUUCCGAGACGCCUGUCAUUCCACAUAGCGAUACAGUCGCACUGCGAUUAGCGCAGUGUUUGAAUCCAGCCUUGCCCUCAGGUGUUCACCAGAAAGUACUCGAGGUCUAUGCCUACAUCUUCACAGCAAUUGGAGAAGAUGUCCUUGCUCGUGACCUGAACCUCUACCUCCCAGGCCUUUCCACGACCCUAUCCUUCGCCUCGCUCUCGGUGCGUCCGCUCUUCCUCUCCAUCUUCGAAACCCACAUUCUGAAACUCGACGGCCCUGCCCUACGACCAGCUCUGAAAGCUAUCAUACUGUCUCUACUCCCAGGCCUUGAAGAUGAGACAAGUGAGGAUUUCGAGCGUAUGGUGUCAGCUCUUGAUAGACUGCGAGAAGCUGUUCAGGAUCAGACAAACGACAUGGCAGAUGCGAAAAGUAACAACGGGCAUGCAUCUCAUUUCUGGCAGUGCUUCUUCCUUGCGAGCAUAACAAAUGCUUCUAGGAGGCAAGGCGCGCUUGCUUUCUUAACCCGCCGACUCCCCAAAUUCGGCUUACCAGUAUCGAAGAGCACGACACAGAGUGGCAGUCUGCCCCUUGAGGCUGAAGCGGCUGUUCAUCCUGAACCCGGUUUGUUGAUUCGAUGCUUCGAAGCGGGCCUUUCAGACCCGCAGCUUUUGAUCCAAAGAGGUUUCCUGGACCUCAUUGUUAGUCAUUUGCCCCUCGACUCCCCAGUCCUGCAGCAGCGUAUCAGCAAAGCAGAUCUCGAACGGCUUGUGGCAGCUGCUGCUGGCGUCGUGUCACGCAGAGACAUGAGCUUGAACAGAAGAUUGUGGGCAUGGUUUCUUGGACCAGAUCCUUCUGCUGCUGAUGUUGGCGAAGGUGCUGACUCGCCUACUCAAGAACGACACAGCACAGCAGCAGAUCCUUCGACUGUUCACGCAGCUUAUUUCUCUCGCUACGGGCUAGCAGCAUUGACGACUAGUGUACUCAAGAUGAUCAGCCGCCGCACGAAAACUCCGGCUGAGCGAGCACGACCGUUUCGAGUCUGUCUGUCACUUAUGGAUCGCUGGGAAGUCGGUGGCCUAAUCGUUCCCGAGCUAUUCUUACCCGCGCUACAGAGCGUCCAGACCUAUAGCGAGGACGCAUCAAAAGAGCAGGUGGACGAGGUCAUGAGAAGCGCCAGUGCAUUCUUUGAUGGUGUCGACAGCGGCCUGAUCUGGGGCAAGCUGACCCACCUCGUCGCUUCAUCACUAGACUGUUCAACCACCAAAGAGGAGGCAUUGCGGCAAAUGAAGCUCGCAAAGUUUGUCCUUGCGCGUUUCAACCUCAAAGAAGAAGACAUGCUACUUCAUCACAUGCCGUUGAUGAUUGUCGCUACGCUCACUUCACUUGGCAAGGUCUCUCAAUCCCGUAACUCGCAGGCUAUAAACUUUGAGGUUAUCGAUUUGGCUCUUGAAAUAGCUGAUUCGCUUGUUCAGAUCGUCCCAGACCGAGCUUUGAAAUUUGAGCAAGCUACAAAACAGCAGCAAGUAUCCGCUGCCAUAAGUGCACCGAGAGCUCAAGUGCUGCAGCAGAUAGCAACCUUCUACGAAGAUGCUCAGGCUGGCCUGGAGUCAGCAGAGCUUCUCUACGAACCCACUUUCUUAGGCCAUAUCGCUCUGCGAGAGGCUUCGCACAUAACACUCGCCACGCUUCAAGCAGAUGGGUGGUCCUACUCUCCAGAGAUGCCUUCCAGGAUCCUGGCCAACCUGGUACUCAAGAUACAGGAUUUGGAUGUUAUUGAUGAUUUCGAGUUCUCCUCUGUACUCCAAGAAUCUCUUUCUGGCACUCAAACGAUUCCUUUCUCUCACUUGAGCGCCAUCGCUGGCAUACUUGCGGCAGUGCAAGUGGCUCGCCCGUCGCAGCCGUACAUUUCUGCUUCCAAUCUUUCCGAGCUCCUGCAUCAGCUGAUUGCUUCUCUGUGGCACUACCUCUCACCGACAAUGCCGAAGUAUCACGUAGAAGCUACUUUGUGCGUGCUGCAAUUGCACUCUAUCUCGCCAUCUGAUCGCUUGGUCGAAGCGGCUAUUUCUGCCAUCAUAACUAAGCAGAUUGUGCACCACUCGAUUGCUGCACCGGUGCCAGACUGUGGUCGACGAUUUGCAGUACUUUGGACUCAUACGAUGCACGAGUUGAGCCUACAAUCGGAGAAGCGCGGCAGCGUCACUCGGCGUGCGAGUGGGAUGUCCCUACCGCCCCCUACACUGUCACCAGGAACUUUCCACUCAGUUCUGACAAGACCGCUGCUUCUGCUUCUCGACACUUUGGCCGAGGAGGGCACAGAGACAUCCACGUUCAUGAGAAGCUGGCUCCUCGAUCUCCCCACUCUGAACAGGGUGUUUGAGGUUUUGGCUGUACACCUUCAGUCUUUGCGAUGCCUAGCAUCCACUGAGACCUUGAAGCCCGAAAACAGUGCUAGGUUGCGAUCGGCAGCUGAGGCAAGAGACGAUACGAGAGAGUGCCUAUACUAUUUGGGACACGUGUUUUACAUGCUGAAACGGCCAUCGCAAUUUACCUGGGGAAUAUUAGCACAGACAGCUGCUACGUGGGACCCGAGCUCGGUCAAUGGAAUAUCACUCCAAGAAUGGCUCAUACGGAAGUGCCUCGGUGCCCUGUCGAUCCAAGCUGGUGUGGCAGACGCAGUUCUUGAGCCACAUAUCUACGAGCUGCAUCGAAUUGCUAUCUCGAUCAUCUCGCAGAUCUAUCAGGGUCCGUUUGCUCCAAAUCUGAGGGAUCUCGAAAUCGAAGUGCCGCUCAUGGUCAGGCUCAGGACUGCGGUGCCAUCUCUACAAAGCCUUUUGCUCGGUGCAAUACUGUCCGCCCUCCGCGUACGCCUCCUUCAAUCCCCUGAAGAGAAAGCACAAGAUACAAAGCCACCGCACAACGCCGCUCAGAGGUCAAGACUAUCUUUGGCUCUGAAUAGGGACUCCGUAGACCACACGCCAGCACCUGUGCCUCCACCAUCUCAGCUCGUGGACUGCCUCAAAUUCGGGUUCUCAUCUACGUCAAGCCGACUUGUCCUUGACGACUGGGUGCAGUUUCUCAUAGAGGUUUUUCCCAUGUUUGCCGACACGAUUUUCCAAAAUCUACUACCUCUUGUAGAGUGCUUUUGUAAAGAGAUCAACACCACCUUCAACCUACUGAAAACAACGUUCGCUAAACAUGAAGCAUCAGUUGGAUGCUCUCCUGAAUCGACUCUCAUUUCUCUUAUCAAUGGCUUGGAACAAAUCUUGGCUAAGGCACAUGAUCGUUUGAUGAGUCAGGAGACCCAGGCUUCGGUCAACAAGUCUCCAGAGGCUCCUCAAGGCUUCUUCAGCAACGUGGUCUCGGGCGUUUUCGCGCCAGAGGCUAACCAAACAAGGACUCCGACUGCCAACAGCAGGCUCACAGUCCUACUCUGUUUCCAGGAUACCGUGCGAAUCUGUUUCGCCAUCUGGUCAUGGGGUGGCUUUACGCAAGACCGUCAGGAUCCUACAUCGGCAUCAUCCUUCAGCUAUACAUCAUUGCGUAUGCGCAAUCGAGCAAGGCGUAUUCUGGAGCAUCUAUUUGCUGCAGAGACGCUAGAGUGCCUUGAGACUUUGGUCGUGCUGUGGGCUCAUUCGACUAAGGAAGGUACACAUGAAACAGCCGUCAUGGGCCUCCUCAAUGUGUUGAAUGGGUCAAGACCAAAACUCACCAUUCCAGCUAUAUUCAACGCUUUGUACAGUCGUACGGACCCAAAUGCUCUGGACACCAACCGGAUGUCCACCCUGACCUCAGACUUAUCUGAUACAGACCUCGUGGCAUUCUUGGUUGAGUACACAAGGUCGCUUGAGGACGAUGCGAUGGACGAGAUCUGGCAGGAUUGCACAUUGUUCUUGCGUGAUGUGCUUGCCAAUCCUCUUCCUCAUCGGCAGAUACUACCUACUCUGCUCGAGUUCUCUGCUGUCAUCGGCCAGAAAGUUGACAACACGACGUUCGGCGAGCAGCGGAAAAUGAGGAGAGAGCUCGCAGAUAUCUUUGCGCGCAUAUUGACAGCAACGUUCACAACACGUCCAAUGGGCUACACGCAAGACAUGAACCACUCUACAACAGGUGCAAAGAUUUCUGCAGUCACGAACAGCAGCCGAGCGCAGAAACGUGCAUCUGAUGUCGUGUCCAUACUCACAUCGAUCGUACCCACUCUUCCCACCGUUCUUGCAGAUACAGACCGUGUCACAAAGGUGGUGUCCGACAUAUCGACAUCAGUCAUUGGCCCCACUUUCCGUGCGAAGUCUUUCCCAGACAACGUGUCUACCAACACACUGGAUCUCCUACAUCAGUUGACAAAAUUAGCACAAGGAAGCAAGCUGCUGAAGAAGGACAUAUACGAUGCCUUCAACGACCCGAAGUUCUUCAAUACGCCUCUCGAUCUGAUCAGAGAUGCAUGGCUGCCUAUACUAUCUCAAUGGACGCAGUCAGAUAAGGAACGUGUUCCAGAACUACUGACACGUCUGACUGCGCCAACGACAGCAGGCAUCAUGUUCGGUGUAGGUGCCGCAUCCGCACGGCAAGAAGCCGACCGCAAAGCGCAAACCACGCUACGAAGGAUCUCACUGCUCAUUCUUGCCAGUCCAGAAGACGCUUUCACGCCCAACAUCCCGCAUAUUCUCGAAAAGAUUGUCGAGCUCCUCACGGCAACACCCGCUUCGUCACCGUCCUCCAGCACACGUGCUGAUGUGUUUGUACUGCUGCGAUCUAUCAUCCUCAAAACAUCGCCCAUUCACCUUGCAUCGAUCUGGCCUAUUGUCAAUGGCGAACUAACGUCAAGCCUGUCUUCACUGUUACCGGAUGCAAUGAACAAGGAGCAAUACAACAAUGCUGGGAUCAUUCAAGCGUGCAAACUGCUCGAUCAGAUCGUCGUCAUUGACCCUGACGACUUUCAACUUAUAGAAUGGCUCUUCCUCACUGACACUAUUGAUGCGGUGUAUAAACCUAUUUCUCCGCCCACCUUACUCAGUCUCACUGAUGAAAUCAAUGAGGCCUUAGCACAAACUUCAUCUGCGCCCAUCGUCGCACCGGUCAUCCAGAACGAGAGCUCAGAGGGUGAGCCACUGAAGAGGUUGUAUCUGGAUCCUCUGAUCAGGGCACUGGAGGAGGAAGAGGGUGCAGCAGUGCUGGAUAUGGCGAGGGGAGAAUUAGUGGAUAGAGUUAUCAAGCCAUUCCUAGGGAAUCUGGCGAUGGUAGCCUUCGAGGCUAGGUACGGUGGAGGUGAGCCGGAUUGGAAGGGGGCUUGGGCCAGUGUUGUGAAGGAUGCUGUCAGCUAG